AUGUGGCAUCAUGGCAAGGGCAACUCGUGGUGCGGCGGGCCGCCGCCCCCGUCGUUCCACGAGCCAUGGUUUGGCGGCUGGGAGGAAUUCCCGGAGGGAAACGCCCGAAGGGCAGCGGCUGCGGCAUCUGCCGAAAUGUCGGCGAGGAGGAUGGAUGAAAUGGAAAGGAGCGCAUCCAAGAGGAUGGAUGAGCUGGAAAGGAGGACGGCCACGCUUGAAGGGCAGGUCCAGGCGCUGAUGCUGUCUCAAUCGCCGUGGCUUCCGCCGAUACCGCCGCCCAUACCGCCCGGGCUCUCGUCUACCUUGCUCGGGCAAGGCAUGCCGGCGAAUGCUGCUGGCAAGGGGCCGUGCCCUGGUGGCGCAGACCCCACUGGGACAGGCCAGCAGGCACAGUCACAGCCCAUGCCGAAAUCGAGGCCCGGCUCGGUAGGGCAAAUGAAUCGGCUGCAGACGCAGCCGCCACAGACGGCGUCGCCGCCGCAGACGGCGCCGCAGCAGACGGCGCCGCAGCAGACGGCGCCGCAGCAGACGGCGCCGCAGCUGACGGCGCAGCGGCAGCCGCAGCGCCAGCCGCAGGAGCUGCCGCCAGGCACGUCCCCGGAAGAGCGGCGAGCAGGACCUGUGCGCCAACCCGUCACGCCGCCCAAGGCCACGCAGCCGACAACCACCCGACGCCGGGGUCGCGAGGAGGAGGAGGACGACAAGUCUGAUGAGAGAGCGGAGCUGCCGCCCAUGCGGUAUGAUGCACCCUUUCCAGGGGAAGCGCCGCGGCGGCCACCAAGGUCACUGGGCCCGGAGCAGCAGGACCAGGCAAGGCCCGCGGAGAGAGCGACGGAUUGGAAGACGACCCGAGACUCGCAAGACGCCUCUGGGAUAGUUCAAGCAGUGCAUGGGCGCGGCUGGGACACGGAUGAGGACUACUACCAGGACCACCGUGGCAAGCGGCAGAAGACGUCCCGGCACCGCCACUAA